GGAUGGUGCCACCCCUCUCUGACCAGCUCCGCGUCACAACCCGGGACUCUCUGGAAGGCUUCGUUAGACUAUAACAUGAACCGCAGACAGACAAAAUCAUCCAGCCAUCCUUCAUAUGCACACCAGAGUUAGCUAUUUCAUCUUGCUGAGAGAGUAUUCGCUCUGCACUGUUGAGUUUCCAGUACCGCACCUUGGCGCACGUUGUCAUAUGGAUGCACGUCUUUGAAUUCAUAUUUUUUUGAUGCUACUCUCGUGUUGUAUUCAUCAAGAAUAAUUAUGCGUUUGUUUGUUUUUAACUAAUUCACUGUCACCACAUACAGUUUUGCUGUCGCAGAAUUUGAGAAUAGGCUUUUAUUCCCGAGCCUAGCCACCGUUACAUUCGCGAGACACCCGUCGCUGGUUGAAUGCAGGAUUCCAGCUUUUUGAGAGUCAACUCCAAGUUCAACUUCGGACCACCGGAAAAAGAUCGAGGAUUUGAGUAUCUCACCUGUCUCGCCGCCGAAAUGAAGUCUGCAGAAGAAGAUGCUUACAGCUACACUCCAAACGUCAGCCUGUCCCUGCCUCUGGGCAUGGGGAACCCCUGUCUGUCCAGCCAGUACCACACCCUGCAGUCCAGCCCGCUCAUCUCCGUGUCCUCCUGCCACCAGGGGGGCUACAGUCUCCACCAGGACCCCACCCCCCAGGGCUACUACCUGGCCCCAAGCCUCCGGUCCACCACGGCGCCCGCCCUGGAGAGCCCCCGCAUCGAGAUCACCGCCUACGGGCAGUUCCCGGAGGAGGAGGUGGAGGAGAGCGCCGGCCUGGGCCACCUGGUGAAGCGGGGGGUGAACUCCAUUGUGACCCUGACCCUGCCCAACGCCGACGGCUACCGCGACCCCAGCUGCCUCAGCCCCGCCUCCAGCGUGUCGUCGCGCAGCUGCAACUCCGAGGCGUCCUCGUACGAGUCGGGCUUUUACAACUACGACAACUCGCCCCAGACCUCGCCCUGGCAGUCGCCUUGCGUCUCCCCCAAGGGCUCCUCCUCCCUGCUCUCCUGCCCUCACCCCGCCGUCUCCCCCCGCCACUCCCCCUCCGCCUCCCCCCAGAUCGGGGCGAGCGCCGAGGAGGUGUGGGGGGGCGGGCAGCAGCAGCAGCCGCCUCCUCGUGGCUCCCGGCCCAACUCCCCCGCCAGCAGCGGGCUCGGGGGCGGCGGAGGCGGUGGCGGCAGCAGCAACGGGAAGAGGAAGUACAGCUUCAACGGCGCCCCCUACAGGCAGCCGUCCUACUCGCCCAACCAGGACCGCUCCCCGGCUCCCUCGCCGCGCGGCUCGCCUCGUGUCAGCGUGACGGACGACAGCUGGCUGGCCAACACCAACCAGUACACCAACUCGGCCAUCGUCGCCGCCAUCAACGCCCUGACCACCGACGGCGUGGGGGAGUUGGGCGAGGGGGUCAUCCCUGUCAAGGCCCGCAAGACCACGCUGGAGCACUCCCCCUGCAUGGGCCUCAAGGUGGAGCCGGGCGCGGACGAGAUGGGCCCUGUGAGCGAGCUCUGCCAGGAGGACUACUCCUCUCGCCUGCCCUUCAAGAAGGAGAGCUACUGUGGAGGGUUCCUGGAGGUUCCUCAGCAGCCGUACUCCUGGUCCAAGCCAAAGCCUUACCUCAGUCCCUCUCUGCCAGCGCUGGACUGGCAGCUGCCCUCGUGCUCAGGGCCCUACAGCCUGCAGAUCGAGGUGCAGCCCAAAUCCCACCACCGCGCCCACUACGAGACCGAGGGCAGCCGCGGGGCCGUCAAAGCCCUGUCCGGGGGGCACCCCGUCAUACAGCUCUAUGGGUACCUGGAGAGCGAGCCCCUCACCCUGCAGCUCUUCAUCGGCACGGCGGACGACCGCCUCCUCCGGCCGCACGCCUUCUACCAGGUGCACCGCAUCACGGGGAAGACGGUGUCCACGGCCAGCCACGAGGUCCUGCAGUCCUGCACCAAGGUCCUGGAGAUCCCCCUGCUCCCGGAGAACAACAUGAGGGCCAUCAUCGACUGUGCGGGCAUCCUGAAGCUGAGGAACUCGGACAUCGAGCUGCGUAAGGGCGAGACGGACAUCGGGCGCAAGAACACGCGUGUGAGGAUGGUGUUCCGCGUGCACAUCACCCAGCCCAGCGGCAGGACCGUGUCUCUGCAGGCUUCCUCCAACCCCAUCGAGUGCUCCCAGCGCUCGGCCCAGGAGUUGCCCCUGGUGGAGAGGCAAAGUGUGGACAGCUACCCUGCCACAGGGGGCAAGAAAAUGCUACUCAGUGGACACAACUUCCAGCCAGACUCUAAGGUGGUGUUCCUGGAGAAGGCCCAAGCCCCUUAG